AGAGUGAAGAAAAGAAAAGUUCAUCUCCUCCUCUCCUUAUCCCUUCCCUUCACCAAAACCCCCCCGACACCGAGCCCCUCCUCCUCGACCUCGCCGCAAAUCCUCCGCCGCUCCUCCGCCGCUAGGGCAUAACCGCCCGCCUCUCGCCGGCAUCCGCAUCUCCCGGGGAAGGGAAGGGAAGGGAAGGGAAGGAAGGAAGGUGAGGGCGGAUAUGUCGGCGGCGCCGAUACCCCGCGAGUGGGUGGGGCUGCAGCAGUUUCCGGCGGCUACCCAGACCAAGCUGCACGAGCUCCUCGGCAAGCUCAAGGAGGAGAAUGUGAGCACAUUGACAAUUCUGGUGAUGGGGAAGGGCGGGGUGGGGAAGUCAUCCACCGUCAACUCCAUCGUUGGCGAGAGGGUCGCUACUGUCAGCGCCUUCCAGUCCGAGGGUCUCAGGCCGAUGAUGUGUUCUCGCACCAGGGCAGGCUUCACCUUGAACAUUAUUGACACUCCUGGGCUCAUUGAAGGUGGAUACAUCAAUGAGCAGGCUGUUGAGAUCAUAAAAAGGUUUCUUCUGGGCAAGACUAUUGAUGUCCUCCUUUAUGUGGAUCGAUUGGAUGCAUACAGAAUGGACACGUUGGAUGAUCAAGUUAUUAGAGCUGUCACCAAUUCAUUUGGAAAGGCCAUUUGGCGAAGAACAUUGGUUGUAUUAACACAUGCUCAGCUCUCACCACCUGAUGGACUUGACUAUAACGAUUUCUUUACAAAAAGAUCUGAGUCACUUUUGCGAUACAUUCGUGCUGGUGCAGGAGUCAGCAAACGAGAACUUGGGGAUUUUCCCUUGCCAAUUGCAUUGGUGGAGAACAGUGGAAGGUGCAAAACUAAUGAGAAUGGAGAGAAGGUUCUCCCUGAUGGAACUCCAUGGAUUCCGAACUUGAUGAAAGAGAUUACUACUGUUGUCUCAAACGGGAGCAAAUCCAUUCAUGUUGAUCAAAAGCUAAUAGAUGGUCCAAAUCCCAACAAUCGCUGGAAGAUGUUCAUACCGCUCAUCCUUAUGGUGGAGUACUUUUUGGUUGUAAAAGGCAUCCGAAGGGCCAUUCAUGCUGACAUAUCAAACGGGAAGCUAGAUGACUGGGAACAGCGUUACAGAGACUUGGUUGGAAGCAAGGACCCGGUAGACCAGAAAGGUUCAUCAUCCGGCAACCGCAAGGCUUGAGCUGAAGAAUGAUACCGCAUGCAUCGUGACCCAUUCAAUUCUCUGUGCUUUUCUUUUUGCGCUCUAUUCCAGUGAUCUAUUUGGGAAGCUUUAUAGAGUUAUCUGGGACAAUUUGAGCAAAUUUGCUCUUGUUUUUAGUUGCUAAAAAAACUGUACUGAAUUUUUUUGUGCUGUCGCAAUUUUGCAAAUGUUGUUGAUCGAAACUUCAGUUAUUUGAGUUCCUUGUGAUGUUCCAUA